AUGUCUAAAAAUGCGAAACAUAAAAUAAAAUCAGACAAGCGCGGAUCGGACUCUCUCAUAAGAGGGUUCCUUAAUAGUAAUGACAAGUCGCCCGCAGCGCCAGCCAUUUCUCUGAAGCAGUACGUAGAAUGUGCCUCGAUGUUUAAGCGGGGAAAGUCACGGUACAUACGAGUGAUCCUAAAGGUGGGCUCGUGGAAGCGAGUGCCCAUGAAGUUGUUCAAGUGGAGCAGGAAGAUGCCGUCCACUAAGCAGUACGACCUGGUCACCAACGACGAGUAUGACACCAAGAUUUCUUUGCAUCCAGAUGAAGCGUUCGAGUAUGGGAUCACUUUUCAUGCCAAGUACAUCGGCACGAUGGACGUCCCUCGACCGACCAGCCGAGUCGAGAUUGUGGCUGCGAUGCGUCGAGUUCGAUACGAAUUUAAAGCGCGUGGUGUGAAGAAACGCAAAGUGACCGUCGACGUGUCCACUGAAGGUGUACGUGUUAAAACACGUACCAAAAAGACCAAAGGAAAGAGCCCAUCAUCAAAGCUCUUCGGGCGCAAAAGAACAACGUGCGAGGAAGCCAUAGAACUCAUGCACCACCCAAUAUACCGCAUAUUCUACGUUUCCCACGACAGCUCCGACCUGAAGAUCUUCUCUUACAUCGCUAGAGAUGGCGCCACUAACGUAUUCAAGUGUAGUGUCUUUAAAAGCAGCCGUAAGGUAAGACGUCGCACACAAGACAUCAUAUUUUAUUCUUAA